AAAUUUGAAUUUAUUCCCGUGUCAUGUUCGGCAGCAACAGUCGAGGAAGUCUUAGAGUGUUGGAGAAAUGCAAGAACCUGAAACAGCUGAAGCAAACCCAUGCACAGAUAAUCACAGCAGGCCUUGCUAAUGACGGCUUCGCCCUUAGCAGGCUCGUCGCCUUCUGCUCAGACCCAAACCAUGGGAGCCUAAGCCACGCACGCCUCCUCUUCUACCGUCUCAAUCGACCAUCCCUCUGCAUCCGUAACACCAUGAUCAAAGCCCUCUCACUCCAUAAUCAAUUCACCGAGUCCAUCCAAGUCUACGCCGGAAUGCUGCGAGAGGAUCAAUUCCCCGACCACUAUACCCUUCCUUACGUGCUGAAAUCCUGCGCCAUCUUGCAAGCCAGCGAGAUCGGUGAACAGAUCCAUGCCCAUGCUUUGAAAUUCGGAUUCAGGUGUGACGUCUUUGUUUCCAAUUCUCUGAUCAAAAUGUAUUUUUGCUGCGAUGAUAUUGAGAAUGCAAGGAAGGUGUUUGAUGAUAUGCCUUACAGAGAUGAAGUUUCUUGGACAGUCAUAAUCUCGGGCUAUUCGAAGGUGGGCGAUGUGGAGAUUGCACGUUUCUUGUUCGAUGAAGCCCCUCUGAAAGAUAGAGGAAUAUGGGGUGCCAUGAUUUCUGGGUACGUGCAGAAUAAUUGCUUCAAGGAGGGAUUGCGGAUGUUUCGGUUGAUGCAGUUGGAAAAUUUGCAUGGUGAUGAGGGUGUUCUGGUGAGUGUUCUUUCUGCUUGUGCUCAGUUAGGAGCUUUGGAUCUUGGGAUUUGGGUACAUAGAUACUUGUGUCGGACGCAGUUGUCAUUGGGUGUUCGGUUAGGUACUGCUCUUAUGGAUAUGUACCUAAAAUGUGGGAGUUUGGAUUUAGCUAAGAGGGUGUUUGAUGAAAUUCUGGAGAAAGAUGUUGUCUGCUGGAAUGUGAUGAUUUCUGGUUUGGCAACACAUGGGGAUGCAGAGGGUGCAUUUAAGCUGCUUUCGGGAAUGAAGGAGGAUGGAUUCAGCCCUGAUGGUGUCACAUUCAUUGCCAUUUUUACAGCUUGUAGUCACUCCGGCAUGGUGAAUGAAGGGUUGCAGGAGUUUAACCGAAUGAGUGCUGUGUAUGGGGUUGAGCCCAAAGGAGAGCAUUAUGGGUGCGUGGUUGACUUGCUUGGUCGAGCUGGUCUAUUUGAAGAGGCAAUGAAAAUCAUUGAAAGAAUACCUGUAUCAAGUAGUCCCUCAGAACAAGCAGUUGCUUGGCGGGCAUUGCUAAGUGCUUCUUGGAACCAUGGAGAAAUAAGAUUGGCAGAGGUUGCGGCUGAACAUCUCUUACAAUUGGAACAACACACUGGUACCUACGUACUACUAUCAAAUGUAUAUGCGGCUGCUGGAAAAUAUGGUGAUGCCAGAAAAGUACGAAAGAUGAUGGAGGACCGAGGACUCGAGAAAAAACCAGGUUGCAGCUUGAUUGACGUUAAUGGAUCUGUACAUGAGUUUAUUGCAGGAGAGAAAACACAUCCUCAGAUGGAAGAUGUAUUUAGCCUAUUGGAGAAGAUGAAUGAGCAGUUGGAAUCUGCAUGUACAAACUAUACUCAUUAGAAGUUGGAGAGGAACACUACUUUUAAUUACA